UGGACUACAGCUGUUGAUUAGUUUGACAAAAUGCACAAAUAUAACUAAAACUCGUGUAGUAAAAAUACAACGAAGCGGCAGCAAAUACAUAAAUACAGCAAGAAUUGGCGCAGCAGUAAAUACAACUAAUGUUGAUAAGUUAUACAGCGGCAGAUCGAACGCAAAGGUUAAAUAACAAUAUGUCAGGAGAGGAGUCCUUUGUUAUAUUGGGCAGUUCGCCUUUACCUUCGCUCUGCUCCAAUGGAUUGGAAACUGGAAAAGAAGUCAAACCACAGGUGGAGCUUAACGCAGCCCCAAGGGAAGUUAUUUGGGCACAAGCUGAGGCACAAGCUGAAGUCAGUCAGCAGUCCACAUCACAGCAAAGCAGCCUUCCAGCCACAUUGCCCUCGGCUCCAAACUCCUUGGCAGCUAGCUUUUUAAUGGGCGAUCUAACACCCGAUGUGCUUAAGAACAGCGUCUACUCGCAGUUUCCGAGUCUUUGCUCGAUGCAGGCCUGUGCCGAGGAUGUUGUCAAACUACAGCGCAUGAUGACUGAAUAUAUGGUUCUUAAACAAACCUUAGACAAGUUGAACAACACCAUGCAGGAUUAUUAUAAAAUCACACAGCAAUGGCGCUUGGAGGCAACUAAACGUGAGGAGGAUUAUCAGGAGCAGCUGAAGCAAUGUCGUGUACAAAUCGAUACUUUAAGUGAAGAGAAUAAGCAGCUCAAAAAGGAAGUGCAAGAUAACUUGGAGCAAAUGCGUUUGGUAGAGGAUAUACGCCAAAAGGAGCACGAUGAGCUAAGGCAAAGCGUUUCGGAAAAAUCUGCGCUUAUUAUGAAUAUGCGUGUUGAAAUUGACCGACUGCAGCAAAAUCAAUUGCAAUCUUUCGAGUACAUAACUGACGCUGAUAAAACAAAUGCACAGAAUGUUAAUACUGCGCUUAAUAAAAUGAAGUCGGAUGAGCAUGAGCAGAAAAUCAAAGAGCUGGAGCAGAAAAUCAAAGAGCUGGAGCGACAAUCGUCUCGCCUUUUAGCCGAAAAUGUUGAAUUUCAGGAUAUGAAAAAAGUAUACAUUGAUGAGAUUACAUGCUUGAAAGUGACUUUAACCAGCGCCGAGGAACUGUUAAAAGCAACACGAGCCGAUGUCCACCAGCUCAAAGCGCUGGACAUGCAAAAAACCGACGAAAUUGCACAUUUAAAAACUCAAAUUGAAAUUUAUAAACGUGACUUUGAAAUGGAGCGUACGGACAGGGAAAAGAAUGCUGGCGAAAAGGAACAAUAUCUAGUGGACUUGCGCGCUUUACAGCGACGCAAUCAGGAGCUCAUUGAAGCUUUAGCUGAAGCGCAUAAGAACAAACAGAGCCCGUCGACUAGCACAACUACACCAAGCAGCUCCCUUCGAAGCAAUUUACGCGAAGAGCAGCGGCCAGUAAGAGUUUUGGAUCCCACUGGUGCUGCAGCAACUACGUCCGAGAGUGUGCUACGCUGUCCGAUCUGCGCAAAAUCGUUCAAUGCUUUGACCGUAUUGCAAAGUCAUGUCAACGAUUGCUUAGACAAGAAUUAAAUUUAUAAUUAUUAAACACAUAGAUUGUUAUAUAUUAGGUACAAAGGUUUAUUCACAAUAAAAUUAAGCAU